GCGAGCAAAAGAAAUGAGCCGAGACGUACACGAGAUUGUUUUGCUAAAUAUCCUGAGUUGAUUCUGGUUAUAUUAUUUAUCUCUCUCAAUGUUAAAAUGUCUCUGUUAAAACCGUUCAGUAAACUUCCUGAUCUGAAUACGGCCAACAUCCUGCUGGUGGAGAAUGAGGAGCAGUUUCAGCAGAACUUGGCAGAUACCCUGGUGGAGGAGACGGCUGUAACCGUGAAUGUGAGACUAGCCAAGAGUCUCCCGCUUCCCAUGGAGAACGAUGAGAGUCGGCCGAGGAUCGACCUGGUGGUGUUCAUCAUUAAUCUGACCUCGGACAAGAGUUUUGAGUCAGCAAAAGCUUCUCUGAAAUAUUUGGAUCCUGGAUAUUUCCUUGGGAAAGUCUGCUUCGUGGCUACUAAUGCUCGCCAUGCCUCGGUCCGCACAGGGUGCCUGGAUGCUCUCAGACAGCUGGCCGCCUUGCUCCACUGCCCUCUGUUGUUUGCUGAGGAUCAGUCUCCUGAAGGAGCAACGAGUUCAGCGCGAAGGCUGCUCACUAUCCUCAAAGUGGCGUCUGGUCUCGUUCCGAACACUACCGCUCUGUACCUGUCCAGUCUGACCAGGUGCACCAUGCCGCCGGACAUCGACCAGCCAAGUUUCGAUUAGCUCCCCUCUGUCAUUUAAUUGAAGUAAAAUCUUUCCUGCUGUCUUUGUUUGUAUUUCUUUGUAAUGCUUUAUUUCAUUUGUUUCAUCUGUGUGUGUCUGUUGAUGUAUUGAGUUUUAAAGAUGGUAUGCCAUAGUUUUUUGUUUUUUUUCCAAUAUGCUGUACAUAGUGCUGUGUGUUUAACCUAAAUAUGUGCUUUAAUACAAAUCUCCUGUUAAUAUAAGGAGAUGUAUGUAAUUAGGAUUUAUAACUUUGAAUUCUGUUCGUCAAAUAAAAAUGUAACCU